GUUUACUCCCUCUAUUACUUUCUUUCCCUCCCUCCCUCCCUCCUUUUCUCCCUCUCUCUUACCUCUCUUGCACUCUUUCUCUCUCCAUCCUUCAUCAAUCUGUUUACUCACUCCCUUUCUCCAUCUCUCCCUAUUCCCAAUAUAUCCCUCCCUCCUUUCUUCAUUUUUUCUCUUACUUUCUUUUCCUCCCUCCCUCCCUCACUCUCUCUCUACUGUUUUAAACCUCUCUCCAUACUUCAUCACUCUGUUUACUCUCUCUAUUACUUUCUUUCCCUCCUUCCCUCCUUUCCUCCCUCUCUUACCUCUCUUCCACUCUUUCUCUCUCUCCAUUCUUUAUCACUCUGUUUACUCACUCGCUCCCUUUCUCCAUCCCUCCCUCUCUCUGUUCCCAAUAUAUCCCUCUCUCGGUUUCUUUCUAUUAUCCAUCCUCGGUUUCUCGGUGCGUGCGUGUGUGUAUGAGAUGCGUUAAUAAUGAAAAUAUCGUUUCGGACUUACUGAGCGCGAGCGCGCGCUCGACUUCGAUUCUGUUUGUGCGUGCGCGCGCCUGCGUGAGUGCGUGUACACGGCUGCGUGUAUACGAGUGUGUGUGUGUGUGUGUGUGCGUUUGCGUGUGUUUGAGUGUGAGUGUGUGUGCGUGCGUGCGUGUGUCACGUGCCGACAUGGGGCAUUUUUUUGCAGGCUGGCCGAGCCGCCUACAUGCUCGCGCUGAGCGCCGCGGUGGCUCUGCCUGCAGCCCUGAUGCCACUUCUCCGCGCGAGCCGUCAGACUAGCCGCUGAGGUCCAUGCCGCUGGAUCAUGUCCUAUGUGUCUUCACAAGAUGGAAGGUGUGUGUCUCCGUGUUCCCGGCCUCACACUCCUCUGAAUGGCCACGCCCACGACUCCCCCGGCUGGAGCCGUCCGCUCCGCGUCCGAGACGGAGACCAGUUCUACAUGCUGGACCAAGAAGAGGUUCAUCCUCUGCUUAUGAGCGACCGGCGCCCUGUCUCCCACCGCACCAAACUGCUGCGCAGGACCGUCUCCGUACCUGUCGAUAGCAGACCCCACCCCGAAUCAGAGCACGCUCGUGCUCGCAGAAAGAGCUUUGCCACAGUGAGGCAGAGAAGCAUGGAAACUCCGCCCACUGCUCCUCCCCAGACAUUUCGCCAAUCCAGCUUUCUUAGCCGCCGUCUGAAAAGCUCAAUUAAGCGAGCGAAAAGCCAGCCCAAACUUGAUCGUACCGGAAGCUUCCGCCACAUGAUUCUCCCACGAUUCCGCAGUGCUGACCAGGAGAGAACGCGUCUGAUGCAGAGCUUUAAGGAGUCCCACUCCCAUGAGUCUUUGCUGUCCCCGAGCAGCGCGGCCGAGGCGCUGGACCUCACGCUGGACGAGGAUGCCAUCAUCAAACCCGUCCACUCCAGCAUCCUCGGCCAGGAGUACUGCUUUGAGGUAACAACAGCCUCGGGCACAAAGUGUUUUGCCUGCCGUUCGGCAGCUGAGAGGGACAAGUGGAUAGAGAACCUGCAGCGAGCUGUUAAACCCAACAAGGAUAACAGUCGACGUGUGGACAAUGUUCUCAAGUUGUGGAUCAUCGAGGCGCGGGACCUCCCCCCUAAAAAGCGAUAUUACUGCGAGCUGUGUCUGGACGACAUGCUGUAUGCCCGCACCACCAGCAAGCCUCGCACCGACACCGUGUUCUGGGGCGAGCACUUCGAGUUCAACAACCUCCCCGCCAUCCGCAGCCUGCGCCUGCACCUCUACAAGGAGACGGACAAGAAGAGACGCAAGGAGAAGAGCACGUACCUGGGCCUGGUCAGCAUCCCCAUCUCCAGCAUCACUGGUCGGCAGUUUGUGGAGCAGUGGUACCCGGUCAUCCAGCCCAGCGUUCUGGCUAAGGGUGGAGGUGUGGGCAGCGGCAAGGUCAUUAACGCUUCACUGCGGCUCAAAUCCCGCUACCAGACCAUGAGCAUCCUGCCCAUGGAGCUGUAUAAGGAGUUUGCGGAGUACGUGACCAAUAAUUACCGCACUCUCUGCGCCGUGCUGGAGCCGCUGCUGAGCGUCAAGAGCAAGGAGGAGGUGGCCUGUGCCCUGGUGCACAUCCUGCAGAGCACUGGCAAGGCCAAGGAUUUUCUGUCAGACAUGGCACUGAGUGAGGUGGAUCGCUUUAUAGACAGAGAGCAUCUGAUCUUCAGGGAGAAUACACUGGCCACCAAAGCCAUAGAGGAGUACCUCAAACUUGUUGGACACCGCUACCUUAAAGACACCAUUGGUGAGUUUAUUCGUGCACUGUACGAGUCGGAGGAGAACUGCGAGGUGGACCCUAUGAGAACUCCGCCCUCCAUGCUCCCCGACCACCAGGCUAACCUACGCAUGUGCUGCGAACUUGCACUCUGCAAGAUCAUCAACUCCCACUGUGUGUUUCCACGGGAGCUGAAGGAAGUCUUCGCGUCAUGGCGCGUGCGCUGCGCUGAACGAGGGCGUGAGGACAUCGCAGACCGGCUCAUCAGUUCCUCGCUGUUCCUGCGCUUCCUGUGCCCUGCCAUCAUGUCUCCAUCGCUGUUCAACCUGACGCAGGAGUACCCGUCUGAGCGCACGUCCCGCACCCUCACGCUCAUCGCCAAGGUGGUGCAGAGCCUGGCCAGCUUCUCCAAGUUUAGCGGUAAGGAGGAUCAUAUGAUGUUUAUGAAUGAGUUUCUGGAGAUGGAGUGGGGCUCCAUGCAGCAGUUCCUCUAUGAGAUCAGUAACGUGGAGUGCGGCAGCAACGCCCCCGCCUUCGAAGGGUACAUCGACCUGGGCCGUGAACUCUCCAUCCUGCACAGCCUGCUCUGGGAGGUCAUGGCUCAGCUAAGCAAGGAUGCGAUUCUAAAGCUGGGGCCUUUGCCUCGAUUGCUGAAUGACAUCAGCGUGGCCCUGAGGAACCCCCAGCUACACCGGCAAGCCAGCCACCAACCACCCGAACGACACCUCACCCGCCCGCCAUUUAGCCGCCCAUCCACCAAUGACUUUCAGAGUCUGAUGAUGAGAGAACUGAACAGUUCUAUAGAUAUCUCUCGCCUGCCUUCUCCCACGGCGGGUCUCUCUGGAAGCGGCGCUCUCUCUCACCCAGGAAUGGCUGCUUUUGAGAGAGAUCAUCGUGGCAACAAAGACGUGUUCUAUGUGACACGCCCACCGCUAGCCCGCUCAAGCCCCGCCUACUGUACCAGCAGCUCUGACAUCACUGAGCCAGACCCAAAGGUGCUGAGUGUGAAUAAGAGUGUAUCCAUGAUGGACCUGCAGGAUUCCCGAAUCAACAGCAUUUCUAACCUGCACUCUGUAAACGACAUGCUGAACUCGUCGCAGGGCUCCAUCGCAGGCCUGGGCAGCUUCGGGCAGAUGGGCGGAGCACCUCUCCGGGUGGGCGGCCGGGUCUCGGCGGGUUCAGGGGGCUCCAGCAUGUCAGGCGGUCUGCGGCUGAGCCACUCCGGCGGUUUGGCCACAGACUCGCUCUCCCAGCAGCAGCAGGCCGCCGCUGCCGCCAUGCACGUCCCGCUCUCCUUCCAGAACCCUCUGUUCCACCUGGCCUCGGACGGGCCUCAGUACCACACGCCGCCCCAUGCCCCGCACGCCCCUCCACCGCUGCUUCUGGCCCCAGAGCCCGAGAACGGCCACGUGGGCUUCGGCAUGCCGGCCUUCGGCCACGGUGGCUUCUCCCGCAGCGAGGACCUCUCAGCCCUGCGCACGCAAAACAGCCUGGUCCAGCCCAGCAUCGUCCACUCGCACAGCUACAGCGACGACUUCACCCGCCACAACCAGGCCGACUACGCCCGCAGACAGCUCUCCCUGCAGGUGCAGGAGAAUCUUCAGCAGCAGGUGUUGAUGGGAAUGGCCCCUCAGACUGCUACAGGCACCGGUACACCAGCUUCAGUCGCCACACCCCCCACCACCAUCCACCCGGUGCGCCAGGCCUCCAUGGCCCCGGCCCCGCCGCAGCGCGUCAAGCCCCAGCCCUCCCACCAGCUGUCCGUCAGCUCAGCUGCUAACUCCACCCCUCCAAAGGUCCGCCCCCAGAGCGGGAACCUCCUCCAAUCACCCGAGUCCAGUUUCGGGGCGAGGCCGAUGCCACGGCAACAGCUGUCUGUUAAGGACAGCCCCGCCCCCGGGCUCCCGCACCAGUCUAGCACUGCCAGCGAAAACCAGCCGCCACAGGGGGGCGCUACUGAGAACACGGAGAAUACAUCGAGUGAUACGCCUGCUAAAACCGCUACUCAGACCAAUCAACAGCACCUACUGAAACCCAAUACUAACAAACAGGGCUCUAAGUCUCCCUCCACUCUGAACCCACCUACCCCUGCGUCUGAGCGGACUGUGGCCUGGGUGUCCAACAUGCCUCACCUGUCUGCAGAUAUCGAGAGCCUGCGAGUGGACAGAGAAGACCUGAAACUGAAGGAGCACUCCAAGAGCAUGGACGAGUCUCGGCUGGACCGGGUGCGGGAGUACGAGGAGGAGAUCCACUCUCUGAAAGAGCGUCUGAUGAUGUCUCACCGUAAGCUGGAGGAGUACGAGCGGCGGCUGCACUCGCAGGAGCAGCAGACCAACAAGAUCCUGCUGCAGUACCAGAGCCGGCUGGACGACAGCGAGAGGAGGCUGCGGCAGCAGCAGAUGGAGAAGGACACGCAGAUCAAAGGCAUCAUCAGCAGGCUGAUGGCGGUGGAGGAUGAGUUGAGAGGGAGUGGUGUUCCCGACCUCAAAUCGCGAAUAUUUACAGGAGAGGAUGACCCGUAUUCUUCUCUGGGUUCGAUCGAUCCGUCCUUGGUUGCAGGAGGAGAGGGGGUUUUGGCGCUGAACCCUGCCUCAUCUAUGUCCUCUCUGGGUCCAUCCGGCUCCCCAUGGAAUGGCGCACUGCCCCCACUACCUUCUAUACCCCCUAUACCCCCUUUCCCACCCCUGCCCCCAAGGCUCCACAUCAACCAGAAUGGCGACUACCGGUCCAUCCCCAGCUUUCCCAAGAUAGCCAUACCAAGAGCAGAGGCACCCCCCGCAGGCUGGGUCACAGACGGAGGGAGGGGGGUCUAGUCAUGAGGCCACUGCUGAUAUGAUGGGUCAAUUUUGAAGCUACUGUCAUAAAACUGAGAUUAAAAAAAUGAUACAAUUUCACACAAUUUAUAUAAUGAAUCCAUGUAUUACAGCAUAUUGACACCAUUGGAAGAAAACCUCUAUUUUAUCUUCUUCAAACUCGGUUCUUUCACAAGAAAUCGCAACACACAAUGAAAACGGCAGCUGGUCUUUUCAAGCAAUGUGGACAAAAUGAACACAGACAAAAGAAGUUAAAUGGUUUUCUAAUGACGACAAUAUGUUCAUGGCUUACCUUCAGGCUCAGCUUAACGGCCAUCUGUCCAUUUCCUCUUUUAUCUGUUCAUUUAAAGAAUUGUUCAGCCAAAAAAAUCCUGUGGAAGCUGGCAGGACAAAAAAGCUAGCACUUAGUAGUAUUAGCUUAGCUAUGCUUUAAAGGAGCUUUCUUUUCUUCAAAUGAAUCUUUUGAGACAGCUAGACAGCAAAGCACAUCUUCAGAUCUGAAGGUCUGAAGGAGACCCCAUGAAAACCUUUUUGAAAAAUGUUGGAGAAUCUUUGUGCAUCUUCUGGUCAAUACUUACUAGAGCAGUUUGACAUGGUUCAAAAUUAUUUGAUAUCUAAUUGUUUUGAGAUCUGUUUCAAUCCCCUCUUUCUGAAGGCAUUAGAGAGCUUUUUGGGUUUGACCAUAUUGAUCUCACUCAGGACAUGAGACCAGGGAUGUUUUAAAGGCAAAAAAAGCAUACUAUCAUUGCCUGCCAAGCAGGUAGCUAACAUAAGCAUUACCCAUAUACUAUAGCAUCUCAAAAAAAUAGAAUAUCAUGGAAAAGUUCCAACCAUCACUGAUUGGUGGAAACGUCACACUAGACCUCAAGCAGUUUGGACUGUGUGUCUCUCCCCUCUUCCUCCAGACUCUGCUCCCUUAAUUUACAAAUGAAAUUUCAAAUGCAAAUUUUACUGAUGGUUUGGAGAGACUGAUCAUCUGCUGGUGUUGAUCCACUGUGUUUUAUUAUCAAGUCUAAAGUCAGUGCAGUUUUUGUUUUCCCACUAAAUCUUACAGCACUUCAUGCUUUUUCUCCCUGCUGAUAACUUUUAUGGAGAUGUGGAUUUCAUUUUCCAGCAGGACUUGGCACACUGCCCCCACUGCUAUAAGUAAUAAAUAGUCUAAUAUUAUACUAAAAUGUUCGGAGACACUGAAUUUUGGGUUUUCAUUGGCUGUAAGCUGUAUUAAUCAUUAACAAUAAAAUAAAUACAUCUAUAUAAUAUAUGAGUUUCACAUUUUGAACUGAAUUACUGAAGUAAAGUAACUUUUCAAUGAUACUCUAAUUUUUUGAGAUGCACUAGUAUUUUGUCGCUAGCCUACCUGCUACAUCAUUUGUCGAAGGCCUAAUUUAUCCAAUGGAAAUUAUGGCUUCUAUUCUCUUUAUUCUUUUCUUGUUUCCUGAUGGAUAACUAUAUCACUUCAUAAAUGCUGAAGUUCCAUAUUUUGCCCGCUGCAGGAAUGACGAACCUGGUUGGCUGGUUAAUGUCAGCAACUAGUGGGAGGAGCCCCACUAGUUGUACUUUACUGCAUUGACUGUUAUAGAAUUUAAAGGGGCACUCACACAGUUUGUCGUUGAUUCAAUUCAUAAACAGUCAUUGUCUGGGAGUAGACCUUUAAGGAUCCUCCAAGGAAAAGAUCCUUCAAGAUCCUCUCAAAAUUGUAUUUCUUGGGGUCUUUUUCACAUGACUGAAGGUGUAACUCUGAUUUGAACAGCUAUAAGCAGUUUCUCAGACAGAUAGUAAGCCGAGUAUUUAUUAAUCGACAUCCUUUUGAAUGGAUUUUUUUCUAUUGAAAGGAAAAUGAAGUAAACAACUAGGCUUAAACUGACAUUUAGUCUUUAGGUUUAAAAGCACAAAGCUAAAAAUAUGGCGACCUGCAUUUCGGAAGCAUAGCAUAUCUUU